GAAAUAAACAAAAAAUUUUCAUCUACAGUCAGAAGAAGAGGUAAAGUCUUCAUUUAUUUUUAAUUAAUUUAGUCGGGCUACUUGUCAUUGUAGUUUAAUGUAGUUGUAGUCUAUUAAUUAGUGAAUGAUUACGCUUCUGUUUCCUCCGAAUAUAUAUUAAACUGUUUAACCUUUUUUGUGACUUUCCUCCGGUUUCAUCCAUUCAUCCUAUCAAGUCAUUUGUGUUCAUAUUUGUUCUCACAUAUUGUAGUUUUACCAAUCGCUCAUCUAUUUCAUCUAAUUUUCUAUUGUGUCGUUUAAUAUUUCUCCAAGAUUCUUUGAAUUCUAAUGGCAUUAUCGUAGAGACAGAGAUGUAAAGAUGGUUAAUCUCAAAGAGGAGUUUAUUGAGGCUACAAAGGCUGCUCGACUGAGUCGUGAAAAAGAGAAGAAAAUCCAUGCAAGUGCAAUAAUUAUUCAGAAAUACUUCAGAGGCUUUUUAACCCGCCGAAGAUUGACCAAAGAAUUCAUCUCAGAUUUCAAUGAAAAAAUCAAAGACUGGAAGGAUGGGGAAGAAAAACCUCCAUUUAUCGAGCCCAUAGAAGCCUUUCGUGCUUUUAAUAAAUUACUUUGGGUUACAAAUGUGAAACGAGAGUUGCAUUUACUCGAGAAAAUGUGUCGAUACAUAAUCGCAACAAUGUUCAACUCAGACGCUGAAAAUGAUGGAUCUGAAGAUGGGCAGAACGUAGCUUAUGUCAUAGUUGCUUUCGACCGCAAUUAUACUGUUCCAUGGAUUCAUCAAAUGAAAGCUAUCCUUCUUCAUUGUUCUUCUUUAAUUUCCACUUUACGCCCGGAGAAAACAAGUGAAUUCCGAUCUAUUAUGUUGUUCCUCAACAUGAUGGUAACUUUUACUUCUCCUUCAUCAUGGCCUAUCUUACAACAAUCGACCAACAAAAAUUAUUCCGCUCUACGUCCAGUAAUGAAUCAAUUAUGUUCCAAUAUAUUAAAUCACCUAGUCGCCAAAGGUUGUUACCUGAAUCUCCAAAGUAUUCUAAACAAAGGCCUUUGUAAAAGUAAACCGUCCCUGAAUAAGCCAUCCCUCACUGCAGUUUUAACUCUCUCUUUGAGACAUAUGAUAAACUGUCAAUUCAAUGAAGCAUCUAUUAAAUUUUUCCUGGUUCAUAUCUUAUCGACUCCUGGACUCAUUUACCAUCUCCAAAAUCUUUGUCCUGAUACCACUCAAGCUUUACAAAAUCACAAAGUUUUCUCCAAAUGCAUUCAUUUUUUAAAUACCGAGUCUACCUCCAAUCAGCUUUCUGAAUCUCUUGAGGCUAACUACGGUCUUUGUCUACUUGCUAAUUUAAUCAAUCUAGGCUACCUAGAUCAAGAUUUGCUUAAAGAGUUAUUGAUGGAUUUUGUGAUUAUCGUUGCCAAAUUGCUCGAAGGCUGUCAAAAAUAUGUUUCAAGUAAACAAUCAAGUCUUACACAUUGGCAUCCAAUUUUAGGGUAUUUCGCUCAAAAUGUUGAUUCUGGUCUCCAUGAGUCUUUUGUUCACGUUAAAAAGCAACUUCAAUAUCUCUGGAGCGUCAAAAUGAUCAAUAUUAUGUUUGAGCCAUUGUUUGAAGCGACCAAAAACCAGCGUUCAUCUCGAAAACAAAGUCUCAUCUAUAACGAGAACUGCUAUGACUCAAAUGAUUCCGACUCUUAUUCCUCAGCAACAUUUUUUGGCCGAUCGAAUUUCUUUCGACGAGUAAUUGACAGAGCUUCUCAAGCUGUCAACAAGGCAACUAAUUCUCGCUUAUCCAGCUCAUAUUCAGUUUCCAAAGAUUGUCGUGAACUUGUUUCACCCGAAGUUACUGUGAUCUCAUUAAUAUGUUCUAUGUAUGUUUCAGCAUUAGAAACAUUAUCUCAAGUAAAAAUGGAUAUUCUCACCGGACUUUGUUAUCAAGAUUUGAUUCUACCAAAUUUAUGGAAGUUUAUCUCUUCUUUCGGAGCUCGGAAUGGUUUAAAUGUAUUUCUCGACCUUUUAACUGUCAGUCCCAAAGCUAGUGCUUUUGAAUUUCAAUUGUUAAUACUUUUCUGUGAUUGUGCUACUCAUCUUAUAGCAAUAUUAGAUGAGAAGGAAUUUUAUGAGGAUCAAAAACCAUUCAGUUUACAAGAAUUACUUUCCAUAUCUUCCUUCCUUAAUAACUUUGUAUACAAGAUUAUUGCAAGUAAUUUAAUAGAUUUUAAAGGCAUAUCACUUUUGUUAAAUUCAACUCAUUCACUCUUAAUGGUUCUCUACAAACGAGACUCUAGACGAAGUUUUGCUCCUUCAGAUCAUUGGUUGAUUAAAGAAAUAAAAGUUGCCAAUUUCUUGAAAGAUCUGGAGAAUGGUAAAAAAUCGGCACAAAUAUUGAUGAUGAAAGUUCCCCACAUAAUUCCACACAAAGAAAGGGUUGUUUUAUUUCGUAAACAAGUCAACAAUGAAAAAACCGUACUAGGAAUAACAGAAUCUGCAUGUGCAUCUUCUCUGUCUACAUUAAUUACUAUUCAUCGAUCACGUAUUGUUGAAGAUGGUUAUCAACAAUUAGUACUUUUACCACCUCACGCUUUAAAGGGCAUCAUUCGAGUAAAAUUUAUCAAUGAACAAGGAUUAGAUGAAGCUGGAAUAGAUCAAGAUGGAGUUUUCAAAGAAUUCCUAGAAGAAACGAUCAAAAAAGUGUUCGAUCCAUCAUUGAAUUUAUUCAAAGUAACAAGUGAACAACGUUUAUAUCCAUCUCCAACCUCAUACAUUCACGAGAAUCAUCUGUCAUUAUUUGAAUUUGUUGGAAGAAUGUUGGGAAAAGCUGUUUAUGAAGGGAUAGUUGCAGAUGUCCCUUUUGCGUCAUUCUUUCUCAGUCAAGUUCUUCAUCAACAACAAAAUGCUCUUUAUUCUUCAAUCGACGAGUUACCCUCAUUGGAUCCAGAAUUAUACAAAAAUUUAACCUACGUUAAACAUUAUGAUGGCGAUGUUGCUGAACUUGACUUAACCUUCUCUGUCGAUGAAGAUUGUAUGGGUAAAAUAGUUUCUCAUGAGUUGAUGCCAGGUGGAAGGAUUACAACGGUUAAUAAUGAGAAUAAAAUCAGCUACAUUCAUUUGAUGGCACAUUUUCGUGUUCAUCGACAAAUUCGUGAUCAGACUGCUGCUUUUAUCAAAGGUUUUAGAUGUAUAGUUAAUCCUGAUUGGUUAACCAUGUUCUCAACCCCAGAAUUUCAACGAUUGAUUUCAGGGGAUAAUAACCCCAUUGAUUUAACUGAUUUGCGACGUAAUACAAAAUAUUAUGGCGGUUUUCACAAUAAUCACAAAGUUAUUAACUGGUUUUGGGAUAUCUUAGAGAAAGAUUUCAAACCUGAAGAGCACCGAUUGCUACUUAAGUUUGUAACUAGCUGUUCUAAGCCACCUUUAUUAGGUUUCACUCAUUUAAAACCACAAUUUUCAAUCCGAUGUGUUGAAGUUAGUGAAGACCAAGAUGUCGGUGAUACCGUUGGAUCAGUUCUUCGUGGGUUUUUCACUCUACGUCGGAAAGGUCCAGUUAAUAGACUACCAUCAUCAUCAACCUGUUUCAAUUUAUUGAAAUUGCCUAAUUACCAAAAGAAAAGCGUCCUUCGUGAUAAACUCCGUUAUGCAAUCACCAAUAACACUGGAUUUGAAUUGUCUUAAUUUGAAAAAAGGAUAUUUCCAUUCAUUAAUCUAUUCUUUACUCAUCAUUUUCUCUCAUUUCUGACUUCUCCUAGUCAUUCAAGACUUAGAAUUAUCGCAUUUAACAUUCUCAAAGCCAUAUUUUUGCAUUUUACAGUUAUUAUAAUGUCUAUUUCGUUCCCUUGAAAUAACAAUUUAUCAAUCCAUUCCUGCUAAAUAAUCAUUUUUUGUUCUCUCAUGCUUGUCUCCAAUCAGGAAUGCUCAGUCAAUGCUUAGUCAAGAACAAUCAUCCUAGAGAUUUUGAAAAUAAAUGAAACAAUGGUUAAUAUAAACUUUGAUUAUUAGCUGAUCCAGUCUUACAAUAAUCCUUAGUAAUUAUAUUUCCAAUCAAGUUAUUUUUAUCUUAUUAUAAUGUGAUAAGUAAGUUCUGGGCUUGAAUGGGCCGCUUUUUAUUUCCAUCAAUGGGGCAUGCGUAACAUCAUGGAGUUGAAUUUUUUGAUGUUAUUAUAUUAGGAAUGUGAACUUUCAUAUUAAAUGAAACAAUGAAUUUUCAUAUUAAACUGACUGAAAUUCUUAUAAUUUUCAAUAUUUAUUGUUUACAUCAAGAAUAAUUCAUGUAAAUGAUGAAACAAAAUUAUGUUAUUAUUUAUUAAAUAAACUAUCAUAAAGCAAUCCUA